CACUAGUAAUCAGCUGAUCCUCAGUGUGUCCACACCUUUCCUGCACCGGCUGUUAACGAAAAACAAGAAGAAGAUUCCUGCUUGAAGAAACAGAUUCCAGCUUAAAAAAUCAUGUCGAGCGAUGACAGUGACAGUGACAGCAGCUCCUCCAGUAAUGAAAGACAUCGAAAAAGGAAACACAAGAAACACAGCAAGGACGUGGACAAAUCCAAGAAAAAGAAGUCCAAGAAACACAGGAAGGAGAAGCGACGCCACAAGGAGAAAAAACGCAGCAGACGCGAAGAAGAGCCACCAGUUAUUCAACCAUCUAUUAAUUUUCCUCAACCAGAGCCCUCGGAAAGCACUGAAGAUACCUUUGGUCCUGCACUUCCACCACAUCUGCAAAAACAAGCUCAACCUGAGCCCAAACCUGAAGUGGCACCCAAGGCCAUGAUAGGACCCAUCCUUCCCAGCCAAUUCCUGCAGGCCGAGCAACCCUCAGAGCAGGAGGAAAAAAACAGUAAUAGCGAUGAGAAUGAGGAUGAUGAUGAUGAUCUGGCUGGCACCUUCGGACCCCUGCCCAACGCCAGCCAAGUAGAGCUGGAGGAGCGAGCAUUAGCUCUGAAAUUAGCUGCUCUGGAGGGAGGAGGUCUUGGAGGCACAAAAGACCAAGACGUUCGGGAGGAGUGGAUGCUGGAGCUCCCAGAUGUCGGGUUGAAAGGUGGUCUGGCAGCUCUCAGCAACAUGAAGCGCACCUUCUACCAAGGAAAGGAACGUCCAGACUUCAGUGACCGCUCAUCCUGGACCAAGACUCCCCAAAGCGAAGCCGCAGCCGCUGCGGCCGGACCCAAAGCGUGCAGUUCAAAGGACUUGGAGCAAAUGGCCCAAGCCAAGUACGAACAGAUGAGGGACGAAGAGCAGGAGAGUAUGGCCAAAAAACAUAAGAAGAAACACAAACGAGAGGAGUCUCUGGUGGAACUGCAUCAGAAAAAACUGAGGAAGGAACAAAAAGAAAGGGAAAAGGAGCUUGCUGCAUCCGGAUCGAAACCUGAACGAAGACCAUUCAGCAGAGAUGUGGACUUGAAGCUCAACAAAAUCGACAAGAAUCAAACAAAGCAGAUCGUGGACAAGGCCAAAAUUCUCAAUACAAAAUUUUCAAGAGGACAGGCCAAGUAUUUGUAAGGAAUGUUUGUAUCAUAAACUACUAAUGCAUGUUGACUAGCCCAAUAACAUAUAAGGUUGCAAGAUUUUA